AUGCACCUGGUGGUACAGGAAAAACUUUUUUUGAUUUCAUUAAUAUUAGCAACAAUUCGCUUACAAAAUAAAAUUGCAUUUGCACUCGCUUCGUCGGGAAUCGCAGCAACUUUGCUUGAAGGUGGUCGAACAGCCCAUUCAGCACUAAAAUUGCCAUUAAAUAUGCAAAGCAAUGAAACUCCAACCUGUAACAUUUCGAAGAACUCUGCAAUGGCAAAGGUUUUGCAGCAAUGUCAAUUGAUUGUUUGGGAUGAAUGCACGAUGGCUCAUAAUAAAUCGUUGGAGGCUUUAGACAGAACUUUAAAAGAUCUACGGAGCAAUUAUAACCGUGGUGGUGCAAUGAUUUUAUUAGCAGGAAAAGGUCAAACAUUGCCAGUGAUUCCACGAUCAACGCCAGCUGAUGAACUCAAUGCAUGUCUAAAGUCCUUCAAUUUGUGGAAACAUGUCAAAGUACUUCAUUUAAGCAAGGAUAUGCGUGUCGAGUUACAAAAUGACCAACCUGGAAACACAUUCUCUAAACAACUCAUURACAUUGGUAAUGGCAAAUUUCCUAURGACAUGUUGACUGACUGCAYUAACUUUCCUCGAAGUUUUUGUCAGUUAACUCGAUCAAAAGAUGAACUUAUUCAGAAGGUGUUUCCAGAUGUUGCUUGA